GAUGGUGAGAUGAUGAGAGAAGUACAUUUUCCCCUCUGCUUCUUGGCUGACAGAAGGCUUGAGCAGAUGUGAGAUGAACAAGAUUUUAGUCUGUUCACCACUUAUACCACUUACACCACUUACAGAAAGCAGGAUGGUUCUUAAAGAAAAUAUCUCAGAAUACCAACCAAAAUUAAUAAAGAAGAUGAUGCUUACUUUUUCCUGGAUUCUAGCAUUGUAUGGAACAGAAGUUAGAGGGAUUAAUUUGCCAGGAUGUUCCUAUGUAAAGCCUCAAGUACGGUAUCGUGCAAUUAGUGAUGAAGAGUUUGUUUUACAAUGUGCUUUGCCACAUAAAGAUGCUACCAACAUUUAUAACAACUCAGGUCUAAAGCAACAUGAGGUGAAAUGGUUCUGGUGUCAGAAAGACAAAGGACAUCUUAAAGCUGUUGAGGAAAGCUCUGACGUUACUCUGCAAGGGGAUGCACUUUGGUUUAAACCAGUAAAGGAGAAUGCUUCUGGAAUCUACAUCUGUAUGAUACAUGAAAAAAUCCCGUGUCUCAAAAUUGUUCUGGAGGUUCAGACAAAGGCAGAGGCAAAAUGUGCAGGCUAUGGUACAAACACACUGCAUCUUCUUGCUGGCAGUGGGAAUUCAAUAGCUUGUCCUGGGACAAAAUGCUACAGCCAUAUAGAUAAAGUGGAUGUAAGAUGGUACAAGGAUGGCCGUCAGAUAGAAUACAGGAAAACCAGGAAAAGCCUAAAGUUUAUGGAUAAUGAAAUCUACUUGAAAACAACUUAUGUUCAAGACGCUGGAAUAUACAUAUGUGAUUACACCAUAUUUGACAACACUACUCAAUGGACAAUGAGAACAGCAGUUACAGUAGAAGUCAUUGCAAAAAACACUAUCCAUCCACCAAACAUUUUGCAUCCCAGUGGUGUGGCGAUUCUUGAAGCAGAACUUGGAAAACCCCUUGAACUGGAAUGCCGUGUACAGUUUGGGUUUGAAAGAGGUACUCAGAAAAGAGUAAUAUGGAAAAGAGACAAUGAAAAUAUAAAUGAGAAAUUGAACCAGGAAACAAGUGUUUGUCCAAGAUGUUUAAAGGGACAUGUACUACGUCAUGUUGCUAAACUGAAAGAAGUUACUGAGAAGGACCUAAGAAGCAAUUUCAUCUGCUUUGCUCAAAAUUCUGUGGGGAAUGCUACUGCUGUGAUCCAACUGAAAAAAAAACAGAGAGUGUUUUUCUUGUACAUACUGUGCAGUGCCAUUUCUAUUCUCUUUGCAUUUCUUUUGUGCACUGCCUUUAUUUAUCAGCACUGGAUUGAAAUAGUGCUGAUGUACCGAAGCUAUGUGGCCCACAAUGAAACUACAGAAGAUGGCAAAGAAUUUGAUGCCUUUGUAUCCUAUGCAAAAACAGACUCUUCUGAAAGUAACUCUGCUUUUAUUAGUGAGGAAAAAUUUGCCCUGGAGAUCCUUCCAGACAUGCUUGAAAACAAAUACGGAUACAAGUUAUGCAUUCUUGAAAGAGAUAUUCUUCCAGGAGGAGCAUACACAGAUGAAGUUGUUACAGCUAUUAAACAAAGUAGAAGAACAAUCAUUAUUCUGAGCCCAGCCUAUGUCAGCGGACCAAACAUCUUUGAACUGCAGGCAGCAGUGAACUGUGCACUGGAAGACAAAAAGAUCAAAUUGGUUUUAAUAAAGUUCCAAGCUUUCCAGGAGCCAGAGACCUUGCCUCCAGUAGUUAAGAAGGCUCUUCGGAUUUUACCAGUCAUUACCUGGAAGCCUUCUAUUUCUACUGCUCCAAACAAAAAGUUCUGGAAAUACAUGCACUACCACAUGCCCGUGAAUACCACUAAGGUGUUGCGAAAUUGCAGCCUAAAGGGCUUUUUCCAAAGGUUAUUCAGCCUGGUACAUCGAUAGCAUAAAUUUCACAGAGGAAUGACUGCUAUCUCAGGAGUUAAUGGAUUUAAACUUUUUUUUUUUUUUUUUUUUUUUUUUUACAUCAGCAGACUACUCUGGACUGUCACUUGAGCCAGCAAUAUCUCACUCUAGAACUCUGAGAAGGGCUGCAGUGCAAACAUGCACACAGCAAAACUAUGUGGCACUUCUCACACAUGUAUAUGUAAGCUAUCUUUAGUAAGUUAUUAUUAGGAUAUUUAUUAUGUUGUUUUGCAAUGAUGUUAAGACAUGCAAAUGUUCUUCUCUUUCCAUUGUUUUUCUGUUGAAGCAUUUUCAUACUUUUUUUUUCCCUAAAAAAAAGAGUAAAAAAAGAACUGAGAAAUCUUGUAGUUUAAUUUUCUGCGCAGUUCUGCAGGACAAAUCCAAGCUCUAUAUGUGAGUUACCUCUUUCUUGGAGAAUACCAAGGAUGAAAGCUCUAGGAUGCUCCCACAUCUAGGUAUGCUGAAGGGUUUGAGACAGGGAGGAAUGCUGUGUCAGGGCUGAUCCCAGGAACUACUAUCCUUCAUGAAGUGGGAUAAGGCAUUUCUACCAGCUCUGACACAUUUUGCACUCAGAAACAAUUUGCAUUCUGCUGAUCCCAUGCGGCAAGGGUCACUCAUGCGUUCUACCAAAACUGCUGAACAUCAUGGCACUAAAUCCCAUGAUUUUCACAGCUAGUGGGUUUCCAAGGGCUCUGAAACAUCUGUUUUUUUCUUGAAGACC